AUGUACGUGCUGCAGUACCCGCUGCGGCCCAGCUACCGUCCAUACGGGGACCAGGGUCAGCUGGAGCGGGUGGAACUGAAGGCGAAGAGCAGGCGCCUUCGGUUUCUCUACCGGCUCCAUCAGAAUGACCACUACGCCGAGGAGGACGUGAUGCACGAGAAGUACGAGCAGCGGCACACGCUGAACUCCGUGGUGGUGGCCAAUCCCAACUGCAGCUACGCGGUGGGCGUCAUCCGCCAGGGCCGCAUGACCCUGACGCCCAUCCGCUCGGUGAACCAGCUGCGACCGGACUUCGAAGACUUUGAGAAGCUCCGAACCAAAAGCUCGGCCUCGGGUGCCGCUGCCGCGGUGGCAUCCACGCAGGACCCGGAGAAGGAGAAGGACGCCGCCUCGGACGCGUCCGAGGAUGCGCCGCCGGAGGCGGUGGACAUGGCACCUUUGCGGGUGGAGUACGUGAGGGACAAGGAUGGCAAAGAGAAGGAGGUGAUGGCGGAUGCGGAGGACGCCUGGAAGCGCCUGGACUUCUUCGACGCGAGCUCCACGGAAGCUGCGGACAUCUACUUGCAGCAUAUCGUCUUCGCCGCCAACGAAGCGGCGGAGGCGGAGAUGGAGGGCCAAAGCUCAGAGCACCCCAAGUUGCAACCCUUGGACCUGGAUGGAGACGGCAAGUCCUUCAUCCACGCCAUGUGCGGGCAGGCGGAGCAGCGUGCCGCGUUGCGCCAGCAACGCCAGAAGGCCGCCCUGAACCAGGGGGGGCUCAGCUCCUACGUGCUCAGCAAGAUGCCGACGGAGCGGCAGGUGGAGGCCAUCUUGCGGCACUUCGGGGUGGCCGCUUUCGCGCAGCUCCGGAAGAGGCUGCCGCAGAGCACUUUGCGGGGGAAGACGGAGGAGGCGUUGCUUGCAAUGCUCAAGGACUGCGGGGUGCUGGUCUGCGGGAACUGGGUGCUGAAGAGUCCCCUCGCCAACUUUGAUGGCAUGGAGGCCAACGCCCGGGACGUGCUGCUCACCAUGCUGAACCGCAAGGCCUUCGUCGCGAGCGCGUUGCGCGCGUGUUGGGCGUCGCGCUUUUCGCGGGGCGAUCGCGCGGGUGCGUUGGCGGCAUGA